CAAAUCAACUAUCAACAUCCUCAAACAAUUGUGGCCGUUGUGAAUGUUUUAUACUAUUUUAAAAUCAUGAAUUAAAUUAGAAUCAAAUGUGCAAAACUGUGGUUUACCAGUUUUUUAUACAAAUAAAAUAACUCAAAGAAAAUGGAAAAGUUUAAUAGUACAAUUCUGUUUAUAUCCCUUUGUGCAUUAUUGUGGGGUGUGGCCGGUCAAUAUGAGUGGCAAAUACGCGAUAGUUUUGACGAAGUUCGAGGUAAAAUGGAUAAAGUUAAACCAGACAAUUGUUACAUUACACAUCUAGAUGACCUUUUCUUGCCUGAUGAUUCCGUAUCUCACCAUCCCGAUGUAAAAGAAAUAAACAUAAACCCCGUAUUUCCAAAUCGCACGGCUAUGUUGCAUUUACACAACAUGGUGAUGAAUCGUGCGUUCUUCUGGAGUUACAUCCUCCAGUCAAGGUUUAUACGCCCAGCGAUUAACGAUACUUACGAUCCAGGCAUGAUGUACUAUUUCCUUUCGUCAGCUGCAGAUGUAUCUGCGAAUCCAUACAUAAACGCUAGUGCGAUAUAUUUCUCGCCCAACAUGUCAUAUACAUCGUCAUACAGGGGAUUCUUCAACAAAACAAUGCCCAGAUUUGCGCCAAGAGCAUUCAGAGCUGACGAUUUCAAUGAUCCUGUACAUUUGCAGAAGAUAUCAACACUGAACACUUUCUAUGUUGAGGAUUUAGGUGCAUUCGAUCCUGAUAGCUUAUCCAAGGAUUACACGUCCGAUUUCUAUCGUAUAAAUGAGUGGUAUCAGAAAUGGUUGCCUGACAGGGUUGAUAAAAGACAUGAUACAAAGACAACUUACCAAGUCGAGAUUAGAUAUGCGAAUAAUACGAAUGAGACAUUCACAUUUCAUGGUCCACCUGGUAAUGAUGAAGUGCCUGGACCAGUGAACUGGACGAGACCUUAUUUUGAUUGUGGACGGUUGAACAAGUGGCUAGUGGCUGCAGUGUCUCCUGUAGCUGACAUUUAUCCCCGACAUACACAGUUUAGACAUAUUGAGUAUCCAACAUAUACAGCAGCAGUUGUGAUGGAGAUGGAUUAUGAUAGGAUAGAUAUAAAUCAAUGUCCGCCGAGCCAGGGGAAUGAUAAACCGAACAGAUUUGCGUCUACAGCAAGGUGUAAGGAGGAGACUACAGAGUGUGAACCACUCCACGGUUGGGGAUUCCGCCGCGGCGGCUACCAGUGUCGCUGUCGACCUGGCUACCGUCUACCCAGCAUCAUCAGAAGACCAUACCUUGGAGAGAUUGUUGAAAGGGCAACCUCCGAUCAGUACUAUAACAACUUUGAUUGCAUGCCUAUAGGAUGGAUCCAACGACUACCCGUCCAAUGGGAGAAGGCGCACCCGUUCAUCAGAGCGAUAUACGCAGACAGAUACUAUGAAUAUGUGAACGCUACGAGCGGGCCGGCUGCGCUACACACGGAGAGAGUUAACGUAUACGAAGUGCUGAAUUUCAUUCGAGGUGUACAACCGCACAAUUGUUCAUUAUAUAAUCCGUCGGACUUAUUCCUGAAUGGCGACAUUGCGUUCGGCGCCGAGGAGCAGUUCGAGAACCAAGCCAAAAUGGCCGUCCGUCUUGCUAACUUUAUCAGCGCUUUCUUGCAGGUGUCGGAUCCAAAAGAGGUGUUCAGUGGUACCCGGGUGGCUGACAAGCCCCUAACGGAGGAUCAGAUGAUCGGUGAGACACUCGCUAUUGUGCUCGGAGACUCAAAGAUAUGGUCGGCUGGCACAUACUGGGAUCGCAAUAAGUUCACGAAUCGCACCAUGUUCGCGCCGUUCGCGUACAAGACGGAGCUCAACACACGGAAGUACAAGGUUGAAGAUCUUGCGAGAUUGAAUAAGACUGAGGAGAUGUACACCAACAAGCCCUGGUACCAGUUCCUGAAGCAGCGCUGGUCGACCAACUUCGAUAGUUUGGAGAAGUUCUUCCUCAAGAUGAAGAUACGGGACGAUGAGAUUGGACGGUACUUGAAACAAUAUGAGAGAUAUCCCACAUUCUACCGCGCGGCUAACAUAGCGCACGGCCACUGGACGCAGCCGUACUACGACUGCACGGGGCCGGUGAAGCAGUGGGUCGUCACGUACGCGGCGCCCUUCUUUGGCUGGGACAGCGUGAAGGUCAAGCUGGAGUUCAAAGGGGUGGUCGCUGUUACGAUGUCGCUAAUGGCACUGGAUAUAAAGCAAUGUCCGGAUAAAUACUACGUGCCCAACGCGUUCAAGGGCACUGACAAGUGUGACAGGACCUCAUCUUAUUGCGUGCCAAUACAAGGUCGCGGGUUCGAGGCCGGCGGCUACAAGUGCGAGUGCCUCCAGGGCUACGAGUAUCCGUUCGAGGACCAGAUCACGUACUACGACGGCCAGAUCGUGGAAGCCGAGUUCCAGAACAUCAUUCUGGACAAACAGACGCGUAUAGACAUGUUCAAAUGUAGAUUAGCCGGUGCAAGCGCUAUACAGAACAGCUUUAUUGUCAUAUUAACCGUUCUGGUACUGUUGGUUAAGUUGAGGUAAGAGUAGAUAUGCAAUAUUACGGAUGGAACAAACCCGACUGUGUGGAGAGUUUUUAAAGGAGGAACGUUAUUGUUAGGUCUCUUUAAAAUACAUUGUUUUGAUACUCCAUUCGUUGCUGAGAAAGAAAAAAAAUUGACGUGUAAUUUGGCGGGAAAAGUCCGCCAUUUUGAUACCCAGUGUGAUUUCUUCGAGUUGUAAUAAAACAAUAUUUCUUGUUAAAAUCCAUCAAGCAUACAGACAUUCGAAACGUGCAGUCGGGUAAAAUGCAUUAAAUUGUGAUUUUCGACAUUUCAAUUUGAAAUGUAAUUAAAUAAAAUGAAAAUAUUUUAGUGUAAUCAAAAGUUUUUUUGUAAUCUGCACAAUGGUAAAUUUACUAUUGCAGUGUACAAUAUAAAAAUUUUAAUUCCUCGUCAUUUUAUAACUAAGUGAAUUCAUAUAAUACAAAGCAAACAUUAUUAUAUUAUUACUUAUUCAAUAAAUAAAUACCUUUGCGCAUAUGUCGCGUAGAGAUUUCAUAAUGCUAUAACGUUAGCAGACUCCAUUAAAAGUUUUAUUGGAUGAAAUAAUAUAAAUUGAUUUUUUAUGACAAUGUAUGUAAUAUGUUCAAUUUAAUUUUAAUUAAUCGUUUAUAAUGCGAGAUUUUCGAUUACAUUUGAAUAUUCUAUGAAUAUUAAAGUUUCAUACACCCAUCGGAGGCAAUAUGUACUUUUAUAUGAUUGAGAACUAAGACAGGAUUAAUAUUAAACUUAACAUCAUUCCGCCCACGAUUUCGCUUGCUUUUCAUGUCUAAAUAAUUGUACAUAUAUAAAUGUUGAAUGCCUUAGAUGUUUUGAAUAAUUAAUAGCGAAUGUAUCUUUAACCAAACGAAAUUUUAUCAAAUCAGCAAUAUGAAAUUUCGCAUGGUUUGGGGCCAUAAAAUUUGUAAUAAAUUACGAUAUAACUACUCAUAUGCCUCUAUUGUAUUGAUUUUAAUUAAUUAGACUGAAUAUACCAUAAACAUUAAGAAUCUCAUACAUGAAUCUUACAAUAAUAUAUAAGGGAUAUAUUUAAUUGUAUUAUAUUCUUAUAUACCUCGGAAAUGUACAAUGGUACCUUUUGUAUCGAGAUGUCUUUGAACAGUCUUUAUUGUCUCUAGUAUAUUUUGCUAUUUUCUAUAUGCAUUUACAGUUAUUUUUAUUAUGUUUUAUAUCAGCUAUUAGUGAGUAUUAUAAAUAGGUAAUUAAGCAUUUUUAAGUGAAUAGACAACAAAUUCGUAUAAGUGUAAUAAAUGACGAAGAAUCAUCGGAUUAUUUCUUAAAUUGUUUGUCAAUGGUUAAAAAUUAUAUCAAUAAUUUUGUUAAUGUAAUUUUAUAGUUUGAAUACGGUAUUACUCACUCAUAUAAACCUAGCUUCUGAUAAAUAUAAUAAACUUGCGUCAUACAGCAGUCGUCAAGAAAUUUUUAACUAAACUUGUCUUUGCAUGCGACAUAUCAACCAACUAUAUUGAUAUUUUUUUUAAACAGUAAAUUUAGUUAGAAAAAUCAACUAUUUUCACAUUAAAAACUACAAAAGAUUUCAGGUUGCUAUUAUGCGAAGAAAGUAAGAUAUAACAUUUAAGAAAUACACCAUUGUUACUUAUCUAAUUUUAUAAAUAGUGACUUAAAAAUCGAAAAACUGUUUUUUUCAAUGUUUUUUUAUUAUUUUUUGAUUUUAUUUGCCAAUAAACAUACUAUGUUUGGUGAUAUUGAUUCCGUCCAUACUGUGCCUUUAAUAAAUAUUUUACAAAUUA